AUGGCUUCAUAUCUGGUAGUAACCCCAGAGAUACCAGAAGACGAGAUUGGAUCAAGGAGAACGAAUUUGUACGCUCUCAUCAUGGAGAAGCCUGCACCAAAUGGUCUCUGUCUCCCCACGAUUGUUUCCCAAUCAAAGGUGUUCUAUUUAGCUAGGUAUCGUGAUAAUUCGAUAACUAGGGAUAGGAGAUCUACAGAAUGGAACAAGCUGGCUGCUAAAGAAGCUAUUCUGAAUGCACUGCUAGCAGCGUUGUCGACAAAACAAGACAGCUGUGGAAAAUCUCGAGAUACCACUAAGGCAGUACUGGGCCCCGUUCUAUCUCUCAAGAACAGCAUUCGCUACCAUCUAACCUCAGAUCCGGGAACACCGGAAUCAUGGCAUCUUCAGAAAGCAUUGCUUAUCAUGGAGCAAGCUGACGAGGAUCUCAAUGAAAUGCUCGCUCCAUCAAACUCAGCUUUGGAGGAAUUUCUUGACAACGAGAACGAUUAUUUUGAUGAGGAUGAUGCAGAGACCAUGAACAAUGAAAUUGCUGAGCUUUGGCCCGGUUUUGAGAAAUUCCCUACUACUGAUUUACUCACAUUGAAGAAGCAAAUCAUGGAAGCAGAUAUGUUCAUCGAGCACAGAUUGCUUCGUCCUUUUUUGGCAGAGGCAAUCUACCUGCUCAAGAAGAUUGAUGAAGAUCAAGAUCAGUCUGUAAUCGUAGAGACUGCUUUGAAGACAGUCAUUAGAGUCAUGAUGAGCAUUGGGUCCGUAGUUCAACAGGAAAUCCCGGAGGAAAUGGAGCUCCUGUGUGAAAGUAGCGAGACAUCCAAUGAGGUAAUGGAAGAAUCAGAUGGCGAUCAGAUGGAUACCGCUUCACAUUAG